AUGGAGAACUCUAACGUCGAAGACCAUAUGGCUCCUGGACAAGACUCUAAUAUGGAUGACUACGCAUUCAACUUGGGCGGUUAUCCCAAUUACCUUUAUUUGGACGAAGAGUCCAACUUUGCUAUUGCGCCCCAGGGAGGACCAUUGGAUCCUCAAUAUAAUUUUACCGAAUAUCUCAACUCGACCAUUGUGCCUCAGGAGGAGCCAUUGGACCCCUUCUUCAAUUUUCACCAAGAGCCCAUCUCUACUAUUGUGUCCCAGGAAGGACCAUUGGCUACCCACGCCACUUUAGGGGAAGAGCCCAGCCCCAACAUCACGUCGCAGGAGUCAUUUACCAACCAUCGCCCUUUUAUGGAGGGUAUCAUGGGAAUGAAUGUCGACCCCGACACUUGGAUAGGACAAGGUGACGUGCCUGCUCCUGUACCUGCUCCUGAUACGUUCCAACAAAGGGACGUUCUUCUCUCUCCUCCCGUGGAACAAGUUGACGCUUCCACCACACCUCCUGGGCAGGCCACCAACCAGGCAGUCGGGCAAACACAGCCCACUACACCUCCAGCCGAGGCGCCAAAGCAGAGGAAUAACCCAGGUCCCCGAGGUUAUAAGCGGUCUGGGAAGGCUUGCACGCGGUGUCGGAUUCGUAUAUUAUGCCCCUCAACUUGA